AUGUCUGUGGACAAAUUCUUGACGGAGAAGAACAUCAAUGUACGGGCUAUGAAAUCCAAGAUGGCGGAUAUAUGGCGUCCUGCAAGGGGUAUCAACAUCAAAGAGAUAAAAACUGGUCUCUUUCUCUUUCAAUUCUACCACAAGGAUGAUAUGCAAUGGGUGGUUAAAGGAGGGCCUUGGUCUUUUGACGGAGCCAUUUUGGUGUUUAACACAGUGGGCAAUGGAGAAGAUCCAACUAAAGUUUUGUUAAAUGAGGUCGAGUUCUGGAUCCAAAUUUAUGACUUGCCAGUGGGAUAUAUGUCUGAAUCAAUUGGAAAACAACUGGGGAAUUUUUUCGGAACUUUCGUGCAAUAUGAUUCAAGUAAUAACAAAAGUAUCUGGAGGGAAUUCAUGAGGAUUCGUAUAAAAGUGGAUGUGCGUCGACCCUUAAAGCGUAAAAAGAAGAUAUGUAAAAAGGAUAAGUCCGAUGUCAUUGUUCAUUGCAAGUAUGAAAAGCUAGGUGAUCUCUGCUUCGUUUGUGGCUUACUAACACACACGGAGAGGUUCUGUUCAAAGAGGAGCACUGCUGAGUCUGAGUCAGUUAACAAGGAAUGGGGAAGCUGGCUAAGGGCACCACCGCGUAGAGCUGGCGGGAGUAGCCGGAGUAAGUGGCUGCGGGAGGAAGAUGAUGGAGAUUGGGGUAACAAGAUUGACGGAGGAACAAACAAUGAGAAAUUUUCGGGAUUUCAAAAAUCGGAUUUGGUGCAGCGGCGAGAUAACAGCAAUCAGGAAUCUGCUUUUUUCUCAUUUGAUGGGGCAGAUACCAACAACUCAGAAAUGGCUAAGCUUGCGAUGCAAGCUAGCCAGUCGAAAUGA